GGUAGGCGGAGCAGUCCCCAGCUUUUAAGCAAGACCAGUGAAUUACUUUGGAGUAGAAAGGAGAACACAUUGGCCUUUGAGCUUCUGUCCUUCCAUGAUGCAGCUUUAUGCUCUGGUCUUGGUCUCUUUCACUGCUUGCACCGUUUGGGGACACACAUCCUCACCACCUGUAGUGGACACCGUGCACGGCAAAGUCCUUGGAAAGUAUGUCAGCUUGGAAGGAGUUGCACAGCCUGUGUCAGUUUUUCUGGGAGUCCCUUUUGCCAAGCCUCCUCUUGGAUCCCUGAGGUUUGCUCCUCCACAGCCACCUGAGCGAUGGAACUAUGUGAAGAACACCACCUCUUACCCUCCCAUGUGCUCCCAAAAUGCAGAAAAAAACCAGCUGUUCUAUGAUCUCUUUACCAGUACACAAGAGAGCAUUUCUCUCCGGUAUUCUGAAGAUUGUCUGUAUUUAAAUAUUUACACUCCAGUUGAUUUGAGGAAGAAAAGCAGUCUACCGGUGAUGGUGUGGAUCCAUGGAGGUGGUCUGACAUUUGGUGGGGCAUCGACCUAUAAUGGACUGGCCCUUUCUGCCCAUGAAAAUGUGAUAGUGGUGACUAUUCAGUACCGACUAGGCAUCUGGGGAUUCUUCAGCACAGGGGAUGAGCACAGCAGGGGGAACUGGGGCCACUUGGACCAGGUGGCUGCACUGCACUGGGUCCAGGACAACAUUGCCGGCUUUGGAGGGAACCCAGGCUCUGUGACCAUCUUUGGCGGGUCAGCAGGAGGCGAAUCUAUCUCUAUUCUUGUGUUGUCUCCCCUGACCAAGAACCUCUUCCACAGGGCCAUUUCUGAGAGUGGUGUGGCCAUUAGUGGUGGUCUGGUGAGGAAGGAUAUCAAGCCUUUGGCUGAGAAAAUUGCUGUUGCUGCUGGCUGUAAAACUAUCACAUCAGCUAUCAUGGUUCACUGCCUGCGCCAGAAGACAGAGGAAGAAUUGUUAGAGAUCACACACAAAAUCAAACUUCUUAGCAUUGACUUACUUGGAGACCCCAAAGAGCACUACCCCUUUGUGUCUACUGUGAUAGAUGGAGUGCUGCUGCUUAAAAGACCUGAAGAGAUUCUGGCUGAAAAGAAUUUCAACACUGUCCCCUAUAUGGUUGGAAUCACCAAGCAAGAGUUUGGCUGGAUCAUUCCAGUGCUGUGGGGUAAUCCAAUCCCUGAAGACAAGCUGGACCAGAAGACAGCAACAUCACUCUUGCGGAGGUUCUCUCCCUUUCUUAAUGUUCCAGAGGAACUGACAUCAGAGGCCACUGAGAGGUAUUUAGGAGGGACAGAUGACCCUGUCAAAAAGCGGGAGCUGUUCCUGGACUUAUUGACAGAUUUGCUGUUUGGUGUUCCAUCUGUGAUUGUGGCCCGUGGCCACAGAGAUGCCAGAGCCCCCACCUACAUGUAUGAGUUCCAGUAUCACCCAAGCUUCUCAUCAGACUUGAAACCCAAGGCGGUGAAAGGAGACCAUGGGGAUGAGAUCUUCUCAGUGUUUGGGGUUCCAUUUUUAAAAGAGGGUGCCUCAGAAGAGGAAAUAAACCUCAGCAAGAUGGUGAUGCAAUUCUGGGCCAACUUUGCUCGGAAUGGGAAUCCCAAUGGAGAGGGGCUGCCUCACUGGCCAGAGUAUGACCAUAAGGAAGAAUACCUGCAGAUUGGUGUCAACACCCAGCCUGCCCAGAGACUGAAAGACAAAGAAGUGACCUUCUGGACCCAGCUUCUAGCCAGGGAGGCAGUGGAGAAGCCACCACAAAAAGAACACACUGAGCUCUGAAUGGGAGUCCCUGCCAGCUUCAGGAGCCUGGAGCAAUCAACACAGUUGUAUUUGUAGAUUCUGUUUGUAGGCCCUAGAGGCAUCUUAUUGUAGAGGCUGAAGAAUUGUUUGUUGGUGUUGGGCAGAGUCCAGGGAUGGGUCAUUUUGCACCCUACUUCCAAAUUGGAGAUAAAUGUUCUUUUGGGCAAAACAA